ACUAUCGGGGCCCUUUGAAGGAGGAUAAAUCUAGAAGGAGAUCAGGUAAGGAGGUCAGGUCGGGAGACAUGAAUUUCCUCUUUGUGAAACUCAGAAGAAGAGCGCAGCAGAGGGGCGUCUGAGCUUUCCUUCUGUUUUUCGAAUUCGAUCCAUCAAUUGAUCGGUCACUAAGAAGCAUGGCCUCUUUCAGUUCCAUCAAGUCCAAAAUCUUCGAUAGAGAAGAGAGAAAACAGCAAUACCAAGCUCAUAUUCGAGGACUCAACGCCUACGACCGCCAUAAAAAGUUUUUGAACGAUUACGUUGCCUUCUAUGGGAAAGAAAAAUCUACGCAAACACAUCUCAAGCUGCCUGUUAAAACUGAUCAAGACACUCUAAGAGAAGGAUAUCGGUUCAUACGUUCAGAAGAAGAUGAUAAGGACUCAUCCUGGGAGCAGAGGCUGGUGAAGCGUUACUAUGAUAAGCUUUUUAAAGAAUACUGCAUAGCUGAUAUGACACAUUACAAAAGUGGCAAGGUUGGUUUGAGAUGGAGGACAGAGAAGGAAGUCAUGUCUGGAAAAGGGCAGUUUGUAUGUGGUAACAAACAUUGCGAUGAGAAAGAUGGCCUGGCAAGCUAUGAGGUGAACUUUUCUUAUGUAGAAGCUGGAGAGAACAAACAAGCACUCGUGAAAUUGGUAACUUGUGAGAGUUGUGCAGAAAAGCUUCAUUACAAAAGAAGGAAAGAGAAGGAGCUACUAGAAAGAAGAGAGAAAGUAGACUAUAGAAGGAAGAGGGAUCUUUCAAGAAGUGAUGAUGACACAGAUGAGGAGUAUCAGAGCAAAGAGAGGAGAAUAAUUUCUGAAAGUAGGAAGAAAGAAGAGCACAAAAGGAGGAGGCAAAAAUCAAGGAGUGAUGAUUCAGAUGAAGAGUAUGAGAGGAGAAAAGAUUUAGGAGGAAGAGAAAAAGAAGAGUACAAAAAGAACAGGGAUUCAUCAAGUAGUGACAGGGAUUCAAUAGUGCAUAAGGAGAGCAAAAAGAAAGAAAAAGCAUGUUUUUUGCAGGAAAAAGGGCUUCAAGCAAUCAUAAUGUUGAUAGCGAUGACAACUUUGAUGAAUUUCUUGAGGGAAUGUUUCCAUGAUAGUAGCAUAGUGAUGGCUGCCUUAACCGAAGGAAAAGAAGAGUUGAUGGAAGGAAGACAGAUGGCAGCAGCAAAUUGGGGCAAAUGGCAGCUUCUCACACUGAUGGUCCACAGAAAACAAUUAGAGGGAGCCACACAGCAGACUUUAACCUGGAGACAGUUAGUGAGUACAAAAAGAAAGGGGACAAGAGCAGGAAGGGCAUUGGGUUUUCAGAAAAAGAAGUGGGGAAAGGGGAGAGAGCAGGAACUCUCGAAAGUUCUGCAUAAAGGGCUGACAUUUGUUGGGUGUUUUGUAUUUUGUUAUGGAGUGAGAGUGUGAGUUUCCUGAGUUAGAAAUAGCUCCUGUGGGCUGUAUGGUUCAGCAGUAUAAUUGUUAGCCUGUUUAUGUACUUAUGUCAUGAGUAUCAGAAACACAAUUCCAGAAAUAGUAAAUUUGUCAUAUUGAUCUCAUGUUAACAGUUACAACAUCAAUGGAUGAAAUGAGUACAUUUCCGGAUUUCUGUUA